GAGAUUCAGGAGGCGUUCGCCGCGUUCGACGAGGACGGCGACGGGCUCCUCGACGUCAACGACGUGCAAUCGUUCUUCGACGCGCUGGGCGAAUCGCUGACGCUGUACGAGGUGGCGGAGCUGAUCAAGAUGGUGGACGGGGAUGGAGACGGGAUGGUAAACUUCGACGAGUUCUUCGACCUCGCCACG